UGCUGUUAGCUUGAAACAAAAGGGUUCAGCUAAGCUAGCGUAGCGCUCGUAAAGGUUUUACUUGUCGAUUUGGCGACUGCAUUUAUCAGUAAACGGCUUCACAUUUAUCGACACCGAACCGCAGCUGUCCCGUGGUUCUCAGUACCGGAACUGUUAGUAAGCCGCUGCCCUUCUUUGGUGCUAGUGGUGCUAGCUUAGCCGGUUCGUCGAUUGAAAUCGGUUCGGUUGGUUCCAGUCGACACCGUUUGUACCAUGGGAGCUCACCGCGGUGACGGAGGCCAGGACUGGCUGGACCAGGCUGGUCCCGAACCACCCGAACAAAAUCCGAAACCGUGGAACCUGAUGAUCAAACACAGACAGAUUCACAGACGAGGUCGGCGCUCCCACAUGGCUGUCAGUUACACGGAUCCUCAGGUGUCCAUGGACCUCUUAAGGGCAGUGCUGCAGCCCAGCUUCAAUGAUGACAUCAUGGCGGUGUUCAGGAAGUACCAGAAGUUCUUCGACAGAGCAGCAGAGAACGUGAAGGAGAAUAUUGGAGAUGACGUUCAGACAGACCAGCUGAUCAGAGAUGCCUGCAGGAAUGUUCUGGAACAUGCCAAGCAGCUGUUUCCAGAGGGGGAGGUGAAGAGUGGCCGGUCAGGGUCCGAGGUCACCAUCAAGAGGUUCAGACCAGCUGAUGAUGACUGCAGCCAGAGAGCCGGCCUCGUCCUGAAGAAGAGGAAGAAUCGGCCCACUGUUGCAGUCGCCUCUGAUCGACCUUUGACCUUUUCCAGCCAAGUGAAGAACAAAGCUGAACCCGUGAAGAGAGAAGGACCAAAGUGGGAUCUAUCACGCUUGAGUGACAGCAGCACCUUCGUUCUUGGUUCCAGAGCAAACAAGGCGUUGGGAAUGGGCGGGACCAGAGGGCGAAUCUACAUUAAACACGCUGACCUGUUUAAGUAUGCUGCAGAUGCUAAGGACAAGCAGUGGUUGGCGGAGAGACAUCACAUGAGGGCGACAGGCGGGAAGAUGGCUUCCUUCUGAAGUCCAGGACCAUUUCCUUAGUUUUCUGGACAUUCAGCUGGAGCUGGUUCUUUUGGCACCAAGUCACAAAAUCCUCCACCAACUGCCUGUACUCUCUCUCCUCUCCCUCUCUCAUGCAGGCCACAAUAGCUGUAGCAUCUGAAAACUUCUGCAUGUGACAGGUUGCGGUGUUAUGGCGAAAGUCAGAUGUAUACAGUGUGAAUAGAGCAGGAGACAGUACAGUCCCCUGGGGAGCUCCCACACUGCAGCUCAGGGUGCUGGAGAUGUUUUGUCCCAUGUGGACAUACUGCGGCCUGUUGUUUAAAUAGUCCACGAUCCAGGACACCAGGAGUGGCUCCACAGCCAUCC